CAUCAAGUGCCUCAAGCAUGCUCUCUACUUCUCUGAUGACAAUGCCAGGGAUGUUGCUCUGGUGAGUCUCUCUAAUGUUCUGUAUCGCUCUGGCUUUGACAUGGAUGCCCUGGCAGUAAUACACAUGUCCUUAGAGGCAUCUCCUACUCUGGUAGUGACCCACUUCACCAUGGCUAACAUUCUGGCCGCUCAGGGCUUCUAUGUUGAUGCAUCAGGGUUCUAUGAGUCCACCCUGCACUACCAGCCUCAGUUCCAGCCAGCUGCUGAGAGACUGCGCUCAGGGAGAUGUCUGAUCCUACUAUCCAGGAAGAGGAUUGAAGACGACAAGAGGAAAGAGUUGGAGUCAGCCGAGAACACUUAGACUAUAAUUUAUAGUGACCAUUCUAUAUUAGCUACUGUUUUUUUAUGUUGUGUGUUUGAUUUCUGUAGUUUAAUGUAUGUAUAUACAAUGUUGCCAGUUGAAGAA